AUGCAGUUCAAUACACGGGUAUCCUCUGCGCAGUGGCGUGAGAACUCAAAGUCGUGGCUGCUCACACUGGACUCUGGUAGAACUUCCGCCUGUCGUUUCUUGAUCACAGCGAUGGGCAUUUUGAACCAACCAACUCUACCCAACAUUCCGGGAGUCAACGAUUUCAAAGGGUCCGGAUUCCAUACCUCGAGAUGGCCUACUAACGACAGCGCCAUCAAUGGAAAACGCGUGGGCAUAAUAGGAACAGGCGCCACCGGUAUUCAGACAAUACAAGAGAUUAAGAAAACAGUCGGUUCGCUUACAGUCUUUCAAAGAACACCAAACUGGACAGCGCCUCUCCGCAACACAAAGAUCACACCAGAAGACAUGCAAGAUAUCCGGCGGAACUACCCUAGCAUAUUCAAGAACUGCCUCGAGUCCUAUUCCGGCUUCAUCCAUAAAGCCGACAAGCGGUCUGUCUUCGAAGUCACUACAGAAGAACGCGAGGCGCGUUGGGAACAGCUGUACUCUGAACCGGGCUUCUCCAAAUGGCUAGCAAAUUUCUACGAUAUCAACACCGACAGGGCAGCCAACGAAUUGUUUUCGCAAUUCAUCGCAAACAAAAUCAGAAAGCGCGUGAACGACCCCAAUGUUGCCGAAAAGCUCAUUCCCAAGAACCAUGGCUUCGGUACGCGCAGAGUACCGCUAGAGGGCGGGUAUUACGAGGCAUACAACCAGCCAAAUGUCAAGCUUGUCGAUAUCAAUGAGAAUCCGAUCGAGCGUAUCCACGAAAAAGGUAUUAAGACGAAAGAUGAAGAUUUCGAAUUCGACGUCAUCAUCUACGCGACGGGGUUUGAUGCGAUAACUGGCUCAUUUGCUAACGUGGACAUCCGCGGUAUCGAUGGCAAAAAGCUCACGGAUGAAUGGGCAGAUGGUAUUCAAACAUUUCUUGGUCUCACAAAUCAUGGAUUCCCCAACAUGUUCAUGAUCAUGGGUCCGCACCAAAUGUUUGGCAACAUCCCCCGGUCGAUCGAAUUCGCGGUUGGCUGGGUAGCAGAUCUCAUCGAAUGGGCCGUGAACAACAACGUGACUAUUAUCGAAGCUACGGAAGCAGGCAAACAAGCAUGGACAAAGCAUGUGCACGAGUGCGCGGUCGGAUUUUUGGCCAAUGAGGUAGAUAGCUGGAUGACUGGCGUCAACAGGAACGUGGCGGGAAAGCAACAGAGAAGUAUCGCUCGGUACAAUGGACCAGCGGCAGGUUAUAGAAGUAGAUGCGACGAUGUUAAAGUACGGGGCUACACUGACUUCCGGUUAGUCAAGGGCACAUAG